AUGUCCGCCUCCAAUGCCACGUUAUAUUACACAGCCAUCGACGAUAUGUUCAAGGAGCUGUUGCUGGACGCAAGCGCAGAGGAGCAGGUGGACACCGUAGAGCUUGAGGAGCCAUUGAUAGCCACGCCCAAACGUCUGGUUCGCAUACGCAAGCAGAACUUGUUCGCCAAGGAGCAGGAAGAGUUCGUCAUCUGCCGCCGCCUGCCGUUGCCCGCAGCAAAGCCAGAUUUAUCCCCGAGAAGUCAGGAGCUGCGCAAGGAGCGACAGGCGGAUGAGCUGCUGCGACUGCGCCGUCAGCGCUGCGAGGUCGAGCAGAGGAAGCCGAUGCGACGCCUCACAAUGAGAAUUUGA